AACUGCUCCGCCAGAUAUCCUGAGUUCCCGACGGCUCCCCCCUUCCCCCUCCGCAUCAGCACCACCCGGCUGCGGCCGCCGAGAUGGACGCAGCGGCAGCACAUGCCGCCGGGGCGCCGGCAGGGGAGCAGCAGGCGGCAGCUCCCCGGGCGGAAAGGCUCAACCAGGGGGUGCACCACCAGCUAAACCUGGAAGGCAUGCGGGCGCGCGCGGUGGGGCUCUACAAGGCCAUCUCCCGCAUCAUCGACGACUUCAACAACAUCGCCCGCACCACCCCCGGCGGUUCCCCCAAGUGGCAGGACGUGCUCGGGCAGUUCUCCAUGGUGAGCAUGGAGCUAUUCAACAUCGUGGAGGACAUCAAGAAGGUGAACAAGGGAUUCGUGGUGUACCCCAGGAACGUCAACGCCGAGAACGCUUCAAUACUGCCUGUAAUGCUGUCGUCGAAGCUCUUGCCUGAGAUGGAAAUUGAGGAAACUACAAAGAGGGAACAAUUGUUGUCUGGAAUAACGAAUCUACCUGUGCCUUCACAAAUGGAAAAAUUAAAGGCUAGGAUAGAUAUGAUUGCAAGUGCGUGUGAAACUGCUGAGAGAGUAAUUGCAGAAUGCCGUAAGACUUAUGGUCUAGGAACCCGUCAGGGGGCAAAUCUUGGUCCUACAUUGGACAAGGCACAGGCUGCAAAGAUACAGGAGCAGGAAGGCCUGCUUAGAGCAGCAGUAAAUUAUGGUGAAGGAUUGCAGGUACCGGGAGACCAAAGGCAGCCACAUUCUUCUCUUCCUAGCCAUUUAAUGGAAGUGCUUCCUUCUGGAGACGGGGCUCAUAACUUUGGUGAUAAUUCUGGUGUCUAUCCCAAAAAUACAUCAACAUUUACGCCUAAUGUUGUCAACACCCAGGGAAAUGCGCAAUGCAGGCAUCUGGAGGACUUGGCAGAUCUGCUCCAUCACCUGGAACUGCAGGAACCCCUAACUUUGAAAAUGUAUCCACUCCACCAAUGCCGUAUGCGGACUCCCCAAGGUCAGGCACCAAUAUGAUGAAUACCCCUUCGCCCCAGCAACAUCUGACACCGCAGCAGCAGAGGCAAAAGCUGAUGCAAGCAUCUCAGCAACAACAGCUGCAUGCUCAACAGCAGCAGCAGCAGUUGAGGCCCUCAGCUGUUGGGUUGCUA